CAGCAUGCACCGCGCCGUCUGCAGCAUAAAGAAAAAAGGCUAAAGAGAGACAACAGGGUGGGAUUACAGACUCCUGUUGUGCCUGGCGUAUUCCUCAUAAACGUAUGUUGACAACAAGGAGCACGCCAUGGCCCUGAGGAGCUGAGAGCGGUGCUAGCUCUUUCUGCGUUUGUCGGGGUGUUCCCACCGUUGGGUAGUUGCUUGAGAAGACUGGGGGGGCCCGGUCAGAGAGUGGACAGGGAGGGGGCAGAGCUCAGCCGGAGCCAAUGCAGCAGCACCAGCUAGCGGAGGGAAACCUUCCUGUGUUCGUGUUCCCGACCGAGCUCGUCUUCUACGCGGAUGAGCAGUCGUCUCAUAAGCAGGUGCUCACCCUCUACAAUCCCUAUGAGUUCGCGCUCAAAUUCAAAGUGCUGUGCACAGCGCCAAACAAGUACACUGUGGUUGAUUCCACGGGAGCCGUCAAGCCGCAGUGUUGCGUUGACAUAGUAAUCCGACACAGAGACGUCCGGCCGUGCCACUAUGGCGCGUACGACAAGUUCCGACUGCAGGUGUCGGAGCAGAGUCAGCGGAAAGCGCUGGGUCGCAAAGAGGUGACCGCCACGCUCCGUCCCUCGGCCUCGCAGGAGCCGUCCGGCGCCAGGAGCCAAGACGAGGAGCGCCGGAUUAAGGAGCAGUUUGCGGACAGCGAGUUUUUUGAGCAGACUGCGUUUCAGACAGAGAGCCGUCCCGUUGCUGGAGGACCCAGUCUGCUCACAGUGCUGCUGGGACUCGUGUGCAUGAUCGCCCUGAUGCUUCCAACGCUGGGGGAGCAAGAAUCCACUGUGCCUGUCUACCUCCACUUAAGUGUCAACAAGAAACUGGUAGCUGCUUAUGUUCUUGGUCUUCUGACUAUGGUCAUCCUACGUACAUGAAGUGCACUGCGCUGAAAGGACGAGGAUAAACCGUUUUAAGCGAUGAAGAGACGUGAAGAGAAACGUGACAAUGACUGUAACUGUGAUUAUCAACAUCGUGGAACCAGAGGCACGACUUCAACGAGCAGAGCUCUCAGCGCUCUGGUGGAGCUCCAUAACUCCAUCCGCUGACAAAUACAUUUUAGUACAUUGGUUGCAAAUAUAUAAAUGUUUUCUGGGCUGUUACAAAAAACAAAAAAAACAAAACGGGAAGCUCUAUGGGAACUCUUGCUGAGCAGACGCCGCCUCCGAGCCUCGGCCAGGGAAGAGACGCGGGGCGCUUGGGACGUCGCCUGGACCGUCAUGCAUUCUUCGUAAUUUUAUUGCCAUUGUGUGACUCAAUAUGGUUAACUUGAGUGUGAAGAAAUCUACAUGAAAACGUGUACAUAAAGCCAUUAAAACGUCAUGAUAUGCACCUGUAA